UUCUUUUAAACUGAACUUCAUUAGUUUCGCACCAUUCAGUCACUAGCUCAGACUGCUUCUGCUACAAAGAGAGACUGACAGCUGCCGCUGGAAAAAACAACACCAACAACAACAUCAACACCAAGAACAAACAUCUGAGAAAUAUCUGGGGCUAGACGGAUUGUAGUUACAGAGUCAACAUGGGGAAAGGUUGCAUUACAGCCACCAAAUACUUUCUGUUUCUCUUCAACAUCCUCUUCUUUAUCUUUGGAGGCCUGAUUAUGGGCUUUGGACUCUGGAUGCUCCUGGACAGUCAGAGUUUCAUUACAGUCUUGCAGGACUCGUCUACUACGCUAAAGGUGAGCGCCUACAUUUUAAUUGGUGUGGGUUCCUUCACCAUGCUGUUGGGCUUCCUUGGCUGUCUUGGAGCAAUCUACGAGAUCCGCUGCCUACUUGGACUUUACUUCACUUGCCUGCUCCUCAUCCUUCUCACUCAGGUGGCUGCGGCUGUCCUCAUUUAUUUCCAGCGUGAAGCGCUGAGGCUCGAGACAUCCAAAAUCAUGACUGAAUUAGUGAAAGGCUACAGUGGAAAGAACACGACUACAGAGAAGGCCUGGGACUACAUUCAGGGGACUAUGAAGUGCUGCGGCUGGAAUAGCUCAGAGAACUGGGAUAAGAACGCUGUUAUUGUAAACAGCUCUCUUACGUUGUACCCAUGCUCCUGCCGCAACACCUCUGGAGGAAACACCAUAGAUGGCGGCUUCUGCGCGGUGGAGCCUUCCGUUGUUUUGCCUAUAUAUGAAACGGGCUGCAUGUCUGCUGUGGAGACCUGGCUCUUCACUAACUAUGGAGUCAUUCUUGGAAUCUGCUUGGGGGUGUCUGUAAUUGAGCUGCUCGCAAUGAUCCUGUCCAUGGGCUUGUGUAAGAGCGUACACCAAGAGGACUACACAAAAGUGCCAAAGUAUUGAGCAGGAUGUUCACUCCCAUCUUGCCCAUAAAUGUUGACCCUGUUUCUAGCUUUUUUUGGUUAAAAAAGAAACAAACGUACAACAUGAACCAAAUAAACAAACAAAGCUUUAUUCUGGUUGAAAAAUUACAUGAAUAUGGUCCCACUAUUGUGACCUAUCUGCAAAACUAAUUGAAUCCUGUGGAGAGUGUGACUCUGUACAGCUUUUUUAAUUCCACAAUAUGCCAUUUUAGAAUGAGGUUAGGUAAAAUGUGCACUUUCCAGUUUGUUAUUCUUAAAAAGAUCAUUGUUUUAGUGCCAUUUUUAUUAAUAUUGUGACAAAAAUGCCCACAUGAAGGAAUGAAACGCUAAAGACACUCAUGAUUUGUGUUGUAUUACAGUGCCACUCUGACACCGAGAUGUCUUAGUGUGUUUUUAAAUUCACCCUCAGUUCUCUCUCUCUUUUUUUUUUUUUUUAAAGUUUAUUCAGAUGUCUUUUGUUGUGUUUCAUUUUUCUUAGUUUGUAUAUAAUUUUAGCUCAGCAUUUUGCAAUGACACAGGCUUUGCUUCUUGUAUUUUAUGUGUACAGUGACAUGUUUUUUAAAUUCUUGUUGGCAUUGCUAAGUAUUAUUUGAACAGUUCUCCCCCAAAGCUGAAUGCAACCUGGAUUUUCAUAUUGUUCAUAUCAUUUAAUUCUAAUUUACCCACUUUUAAAAAAAGUCUUAUUUGGAGUUGUAUGAAUGAUCUUUUAAGAUUAAUCCUUUUCUUGUAAUUGUAUGUUGAUCUUUAUAUAUGCUCUCUGCCAAUGUUUAAAAAAAAUUGCCUACUUAAAUUUUCUCAAAAGGAUAUUUUAUAUUCUUUUAAUUUGCCCUUGGAUAUUUGAAAAAAGAAAAUGAUUUUGACAACAAUCUGGCAUCCCACAUUUUGUUUGUAAUAGAGGAGAUUGUCCUGAUAAAGUAAAUAAGUGAAUUGAUUGUCUUUAUUAUGGUACGAGUAAAUACCAGUCUUUGAAUUUUUUUUUUAAUUUUUUUUUUUUUUUAAUUGUUAAAAUCUGUUACAAUAAAGUGAACUCACCCUU